UACUCUUCUAGAUUCGUGUUUGCUUUUGUUGAUUUAACCCUGAUUGUCUCUGCAUGUUUUGGCAGAGUAACCAUUUUUGGCGCUGUGCUCCUGUCCCUUGAGCGAGCCUGCUUCUGUCAUGCCCUACAAACAGAUUGUGCAUCGUAAGCUGUUUCCCUUUUCUCAGCUAGCGAGACCCUGGCUUUGCUCCACAGUGUGCUGUCCUCAGAGCUGCCACCUGUGAGAGUACUCUCCACUGGGAGAACAUCCAGAAGGAGCAUCCAGAGGGAAGGGCCCAUGAACCACCCCAAAAAGCAUGCUGGUGUGCCUGACCUGGUCAAGCCCAGUCCAAGUAUGAACACCGUGUGUUGGACAGCCUUGCCCGCUGCAGCCUGGUCCCAGGCCUACCACACCCAGUGUGUUGCCUCAUGACAAAGCCUCCUCUCGGAUUCAGGCCGGAUUAAACUCCCAUUGUGCAGCUGUGUGUUGAAAGCAAGGCUCAUGAGCCUUAUCCCUGCUUGGGACUGAUAGCAGAGGUUAUCCAGGUAGGCAUAAACACCCCUGUCUGGGAAGUGUGCAGGGCACUUGAUCAGCGUGCAGGCAUGCAGCAAUUCAGGAUAGCAAAGGAAGGGAAUAGCCUCCUGGAAUGCAGUCCAUGAGCAGGAAAACGCAUAAUUAAAAUGUGCAUAACUAGCUUGUGUUUUUCCCUUAACAUGUGAAGUGGUUAGAUGUAAUCCUGCAGAUCACUGGGGAGAGUGCAGUGGAGAGGGAGAACUGGAGCUGACCAGUUAUUAGGGCAUCUAUUAGAAGCUUUUUGGUUUUAAAAUACAAAAAUUGUGAAAUGUUGUUGUUGCUUGGAGCUCACAGUUGAGAAAGGAAGUUGCUGGAGUGAAGGGUUUAGCUCCUCUUUGGUCAGAGUCAGGUUGUUGAUGUCCAUGUAUAUUAUUGAACUGGGCUUUUCCAAUAAUCUGCUCCAGUAUCCUUCAGAGACCAGUCCUAGUCAUUCCCAGCUGCCUGCGUCCAAGGAAGUUAGACAGUGUUUGGGGCUGUGGAGAGUGGUUUAGUAUAAGAAAUGUGUUUGACAGGUAUGUGCUAGAGACCUGCAAGCACAUGGUGUAAAAAGUGCAACUGUUCUCAUUAUGCACAGUCACUUGAUGGAGAGGCAGAGAUGGGCUUUUCUGGCAGUAGUGAAGGGAAUCUCCUGAUACAGGAGGCAACAGCUUACCUGCUCUUUCAGUCUGUGUUUCCUCAGCGCCUGUGCUUUGCCAGCUCUGGACUUCUGCCCCGCAGCUCCAGCCAGCAAUCCAGGCCUCGUGGGGACCAGUGGGCUGCCUUGCUUCCUAGGGUUGUGCAUGGCCAGGCUGAAUGGAAAGGGAUUAGCACACCCCUCAGGCUUGCAGAGCCUGGGAUCAAAGGCCUCUUGCUGGCAGUCACUGAUGGAGAAUAUCAUCCAUUAUCUUUGUGUCUGAUCACUUCCUAAUCUCAGCACUAGCUGUUUGAACAGUUCCUCUUCUGGAUGGUGGGGACUGAGGGACAGGGAGGACCAGGGGAGGAACACUAGCAGAGCAGGGGCUGAUCCCUGGACCCUGACCUCCAGAGUAGUAUCUUGAGGCUGAAUAUCCUCCUGGAAGUAACACAACACCUGCAUUGCGAAGGGAGGGAAACACCACCUUUUCACAACGUGUAAUUUUUCAUUUUGCUCACCUCUGUUUUGCUGGUUUUUGUUCCUCUGCUCUGUCAGAUUCCGGGUCUCGCUCUAAAACUGUACCUUUGCCUGCACAAUUAUGCCCACAGGUAAUAGGAAACCAGGGUUUCAAAAGAAAACCUGAUCCCAUUGCUAGAUAAUAGCAGUUUCCUAAAUAAAUGUGUGGUUGCCCGGGGGGGUGAGGUUGUUGCCAGAUGCACCUUUUCUUGAUUGGUGAGAACAAGAGAUGACGCUUCCUGGCGUAUAAGUGCAAGAGAAAACACGGGAGCACAGAUAAGCACAGCAAGCGAGCCACCUGGAAGGAAGAGCUGAGAAGGUGUUAAAGCAGCUGCCUGCCAUGGCAUUUGGAAUGCUAAUCUAUAUUUUGCUGAAAGCAAUGGGGGCACUGAGUGAAGAGUCAGCUAUUACUGCUUCAUCCCUCAGCACAGACUUAUGGAAUAAUUGGACAAAAAACAACGCUGAAGUGGAUUACACAGAGCAGCCAAAGCUCUUGAAGCUCAUGCAGACCUGCCUUGAGGAACACCACAGCUAUUGUAUCAACGGGCUCUGUGCUUUCCACAGCGAGCUGAGGAAACCCAUAUGCAAGUGCCUUGCAGGUUAUAAUGGAGAAAGGUGUGAACAUUUAACACUGAAUUCAUAUGCACAUGAUUCUUACGAGCGCUACAUAGCUGUGGGAAUUGGUGUAGGAAUACUGACCAGUGGAAUACUUGCCAUCAUCUACUGCUACGUAAGAAAGAGAUGCAGGAAAUUGAAAUCCCCCUACAAAGUCUGCGUGGGCGAGACGGCGCUGUGAAGGUCUGGCACUGGGACACUCACCAGUUUGCCUGCAAAGGAGGGGAAGGUCUGCUGGGAAGG